AUGGAGCCUGUAUCAGUCCCUGUACUAGUUGGUGGGAUUACUGAUUGUGUAGCCCAGUUAGUAAAAAUAGCUGAAGAGCUUUUACAAUUUAUGGCACAAGAUCAAGUUCCUUGUACAGAACAGAUUGGAGCAGAUGCAUCUCCUCCUGAGGAAGCUCCACUACCAGACCUUGCUAAUCUCUCAGACUUAGAAUCAAUACUUAUGCCAAUGGAUGAUGAAGACCUAAUGUUUGAUAUAGAUGAAGUUAUGUUAGACAUAGGUGAUAUACGUGAAGAUGUACUCGCUGGCAUAAUUGAUGACUUAAGAAGUGACUAA